UGAAAUCUGUGGAAACCUCUCCAGAAAAAAUCCAUCUGCACGGUGCUCGGUGUUUCUAAUGAGACGACGUUUGAUUCUUACGUCAAACCAUAGCCUCUUUUACGCGCUUUAGAUGUCAGCUAUCACUUGAAGCAUGGGCUUGUACCUUAUGACUAUAGAUUUUUGUCGGUCACAGCGGGGUUCACGAGAGGUAGAAUUAUUCUCACGAAAUGGGAUACCUUUUAUCCAUGAAGGUUACAAUUGCUUCACAUUUGCUCUAGUGUUUAGACCUUCAAUAGGCCGUCUGAUCAAUCCAUCCCUGUUUGAACGUUUGACUGCAUCUAGGCUGCGCAAUACGUAUCGAUGAUGUGGAACACCCCUCGUUGAAAAAAUGUCUCCCAAGCGUCUGUUGUUAGUAGACAUAAAGACAAUGGUACCCCGUCGAAAGUGACGAUGGUUUCCCCGUUUUCCCAUCUCGUUUUGCUACAUCUGCGGUACAUAUGUAUUUCCUUCUUUAUGCUAACAUAUGCAUUAGCAUUCUACUGUCAUGCACUAAUGCAUUAAUUUUUCCCAAUGUGAACACUCGCGGGUACAAUAGCACGAGAUCCAAUGACACAAUAUUUAAUGUCACGAGAUCUGACAACAGCCUCAGAAUUCAAGCUCUCGGCAACUCGAUAACCUAUGGCUUCUUAUCUAGUGAUGGGAAUGGCUUUCGCCUUGGCCUUCGCAAUCUACUCACAUCUGCUGGAAACACCGUUCAAUAUGUGGGCUCGGUCCGAGCAGGCAACAUGAGUGACAAUUUCAAUGAGGGUCAUCCGGGAGCCAUCAUCUCAGAAAUUGCUGAAUAUGCGAAGUUAUCUCUUCCCGAGGAUCCAAACCUGGUUUUGCUUAUGGCCGGUACGAACGACAUGAACAAUUUCAACAAUGUCACUACAGCUCCAGAGCGACUCAGUGGACUCAUCGAUGAAAUUACUUCUGCAGUUCCAAAUGUUACUCUCAUAGUUGCUCAGCUUACUCCCGCUUCAAACACUACCGUAAAUGCCGCAAUGGUCGCUUUCAAUUCCAAGAUACCCGAUAUCGUUGCAUCUAAAGUUGCCGCUGGCAAAAAGGUUUCCACAGUCAACAUGAUGGACUAUGUCACUGUCAAUGACUUGGUAGAUGGACUUCAUCCAACAGAUUACGGAUAUCAGCAAAUGGCGAAAGCAUGGUUCGCUGGAAUUCAGCAAGUACAGAAAAAUGGGUGGAUAGAUUCUCCAAUUCCCACCAACGUCACGCUGGCCCUUCAGACGGCGGUUGCAGCGAGUACUGGUACAAGUACUGGUAGCAGUUUCAGCGCCAGCUCCACUAGUACCCAAACCACCAGCACAAUUAUAGGCAUCAGCAGUAGCAUGACCUCUUCCAAGUCAGCCUCCGACCGAAGAUUUCAUAACCCUUCGAUUAGUACCGUAUUUCUUUUAGUUUUGGCCACUCACUUUUUAUACGCCUAGAUACCUUGGAUAAUUACUUCAAUGUCAAGAUUUUCCCCUGACUAGGGCUGACUUCAGGAGACAACAUUCAGGGAUUGUUUUCAGCCAUUGCAUAAUUUCUGAUAUUCUCAUGAAUAUCUGACACAAUCAGGAAUUACAAAUCCUGCUCAUCUUUUCACUAAGAGACGACUUUAUAUAGGUGCCUAGCACAGCUAGCGAGGUUCUGACUCAAGUGAUUGGCCGAGGAUGCGCUUAGGUAUAUAAUCGAAAGCUCGAUCAUGAAUAGAAUAUGGCAAAGAAAGAUCAGCUAGACUUAUUAUUAGUGGGAGAUAUCCAGGCGCAAGAAUCUUUGUAUAUACGAGUA